AUGCAUCCUCGCGAUUUAAAAAGUUGGUGCACUGCGUGUUCCUUGCCAAAUCGCGAUCGAACAAACAAUUUCAUUCCCCCACUCGAGCGUCAAGGACAGGUAAUUGUGGGAGGAACUGGUCAGAAGGGUGGAAGUGGGGGAAUGGAGGGUGAAGGCAACCUAUACUCUGGCAACUUCUCUACUGACUUGGACAUUGCCAAUGGACAAAAUACAUGGAGCAACAAGGGAAUAAUAAUCCUAUCCUAUGUAUACAACAAGAUCGAAGAACAGAGGAAAAUGAAAGAUAAAACACACACAGACACAUUCCCAAGCUAUAAAGGAACAAUGUAUAAUGUCAUGAUCACAUAUGUGGAUCAAACAACAGGAAAUGAGGCUACUGAUGACUGA